AUGGCUAUCUUUAGUACCAAUAUCGUCGGUGUCGCUCUUAUCGUCGGGAAGCAUUCAGGCCACAUCGCUGAAACCAUCAAGUGCCAGGAAAUUGGGCGAGAGGCCGGUUUCCAAAUUGCAGAUGCAGGCGCUGCAGCUGUUGUUUUUGCCGACCCCAGUGGCGCGCUGGCGGAAGAGUGCUCCAAGUACCUGAAGGACACCGUCCCGGCCAAAGAGGGACAGGAAUACCAGACGACCAGUUAUACCAUUGACGAUAAGAGUAAGGAGAGCAUACAGGCCGUCGUGACUGCUGUCAUUGAAGCAUAUGGUCGACUUGACUAUGUCGUGAAUACAAUUGGGAUUUCCCAAGACCCCAAUGGUGGAGUGCAGAACGAGGGCAUGAUCAACUGCUGCGAUGUGGAGGCGGCCGCCAUGUCCAGGCAAACCGAUAGUCAAUAUUGGGGCAAACCCGCCAAGAGAAAUAUCGGCCGGGGAGUGAUUGUCAACGUUACUCCACCAAAUCCCGGGGCCUUGUUUCACGAUUACAAGCUUGUUGGUAUGGAUGUUACGACUAGGACAGCACUUAGGGAGGGUGUUCGGUGUAAUCUGGUGUCUGUGGAUUGGUUCGAAAACAAAUGGUGUAACCAGGACCUCAGUUCCAACGAACAGAACAGUAUUGAAGAAAACCUUCCAUUCAAGCGGCCUGCAGACCUGGUGGAAGUGGGGGGUACCAUUGCCUUUCUGGUCAGUCCAGCAGCAAGCUACCUCAACGCCAACUGUUUGGUUCUGGAUGGGGGCCCUCAGAAGACUCGUAAUGGUGGACCUUUGCAGUAG